UUUUGCCGCCGCAUUUUUUGUUUCCCUCUCCUCGAAAUUUUUUGCCGCUGCAUUCCCCCCUUUACCUUCUCGAUCUUUAAGCAUUUUCGUCCAACCUAUGAUCUCUUCACCUACUUCAGGUUUUUUUUUUCUCCUUUCCUCUCCAAGCCCUAAACCCAUCGCCCCUUCAUGACUCAUAGAGAACCAGUCACGAGGAGGGAGAGAGAUGGGCAACAGAGGCCACAAGGUUGGAAAACCUUACCACGAUGAUUUCAGCAAAGCCGAUUCUAAUCUUUCCCUCCUCACGCAAUUCCCUCUCGGUUCUUGCAUACUCGAUCUUCUUGCAGAUCACAGCUUUUCCCUUUAUUUACCGGAAGAGGAGGUGGCCCUCUCCUCUUUGAUCAUCGAUGAGGUGACAAGAGCCCUAUUUCCUCGCCUUUCCUUUCUCUUUAAGGUUUGGUUUCCGCCCUUGUAUAUAUUUGGUUUCCGCACUCCAAGGGCAUCUCCAUCUCGCCACCGCUGCAUCCAUUACAAUCUGGAAGCAACUGAACUGCAGGAACUGCUGACUGUCGAGGAACUAUGGGAGAGAGUUAAACUUCCAAGAAACUAUGAGAAGGCUAUUGAAAUUAUUGACAAGCAUAUGGAGUUCUGGCCUAAAUUACUUGUGCACAAAAUAAAACAACGACUAACCAAAAUGACUCAAUGUCGAAUCCGCAUGAGAAAGAUUGAAUUGAAAGUGAGGGAAAAGAUAAUGACAGUGCCUAGAAAGAAGAAGAAGAGAGAAGCUAGGAGAGAGGAAAAAGCUGAAAAGGCUGCAGUUUUGGAUAAGAGCAUCGAGACUGAACUGCUAGAGUGCCUGAAGAAAGGUGUUUAUGGUGACAUAUACAACUACCCUGUCGAGGCAUAUAAUAAUAUCUUGGAAAUGGAAGGUCUCCAACCAAGUGCAACUGAAGAAGAAGAACAGGAGGCAGAAAUAGAGUAUGUUGAAGGCUAUGAUGGACUUGAAGAGGAAGAGGACAUGGAAGAUUUUGAUGGUCUCAUGAAUGAUGAAUCCUUUUUGGGCAAUGAUGAAGAUGGAAUGCAAGAAGAUAAUGAAGAAAUGGAUCGUUUAGAACAACACAUUCCCAAGAAACUACGAGCACUGUUGGAAUCUAAAUCACAAAAGAUAGAUGGUGACUAUGCUGGCAAAAAGCCAAAUAGAAAGGGUCGGGUAAUAAUUGAGGUUGAGGAGGAAGGAGAUCCAAAACAGAAAGCACUUUUGUUAGAUUGAUUUCAUACAUGUGCUUUUCCUCCUUUUGUUGGGUAAGAUAGUAUUUCUCAAAGCACACACUCAGCAAAUCCAUAGCUUACAUGUGGCAUGAGGCUGCCAUAGAAUUGGCAUCUAAUAAACUUGUCGUAGAAUUGACAUCUAAUAAACUUGCACAUUGAAAAUGCAUAAUUAUUUACUUUCAACUUAUAGGCUAAUUGAUGUUUCUUUUGUUAACAACAUGUGGAAGAUCAUCAUCUAUACUCAUUAAACUAUAUGCACUGGGGUGCACCAAAAAUAUGGUAUGGAGUCGCAGGGAAAGAUGCCUUAAAAUUAGAGGAAGCUAU